UAUUUAUCAUUUCAUCGUUUCUUAUCUUAUGGGAUACUAAAAGAGAAUACCGUAAAUAUUUUUCAACAAUUUUCCAAAAUAUUAACCAACAUUGCUAAUUGGAAAGAAGAAAAAUCUGCCAGGAACAUCAGCAGAAGUAUGACUGGCACAAGAUUUGCACGAACAGGACGUUGUCGAUUUUUCGUGUGCCUUGCUGUGCUGACUUUGAUGCUCUGUAUGGUGGCAAUUUUUCGGAGCUCACAACAGCAAUUGGAUGAGACACGCGAGCAACGAUUGCAUUGUGAAAGACAGCAGGAACAACUAAAUGAACAACUCCAAAAUAUGGCAGAGCAAAAAUACAAUCAGCAAAAAACGUUGGAAGAGGAGCGUAACGAACAGAUGGAAGCUCGGCAUAACCUGGAGCAAAAACUGAAGGAACUGACUAUAUUACGUACAAAUGAGCAAAUGGAUUUAAGUGUACGUUAUGAUAAGUUGCAACAGGCGCAUAAAUUGUUGAAAAGUGAACACAACGAGUUGGUUGCCGAGUGUCAAAAGAGUAAAAAAGAUCUAUUAGAAAGUACCAAUGGUUUGGAGAAAAAAUUGCAGUUUGUACGCUCGGAAGCGGACAAAGAAAAAAAUGUACUUAAUGGCGAUAUCACUUUGUGGCGAGAAAAAUAUAACGCCGUGGUUGUCGCAAAAGAACGACUUGAAGCUUUGCUCGAUGCUUCUGGUGCACAGUCUGAACUAAAGAUCAAAAUAAUCAACUUGGAACGCACAGUCGCUGAAUAUCAACAGCAUUGUGAUUACAAAAAAGAUGCCAGAAAUCAAAACGAUAUACCCCUGAAUAUGUCAGAUGGAGCUCACAAUACGAGUACACAAACGCGUAUUGAAAAGUCCUUUAAUGAACAAGUGCGUAUGAGUCCUGGGUUAUAUCACAUCGACAUUAAGCUAACUAACAAAACUAGAAGCGUUGUUUCUUCGCAUGCAAAUCAAACUAUUUCAGCUACUAACAGCACAAAAAUCCCCUCUAAAACCAACGCUGAUGGUGAUGAUCCAAAAGUAAAUGUAAUUUUAAAAGCUGGUAGCGAUAUUGUUGCUGGUGGUGUUGGUGUAGAUGGUGCUGGUGGCUUUCUACCUUAUCUUUCACGCAAUAAUCGUAGUUUAAUACUAAAUUCCGUUGAAAAUUUUCAGAUUUUACCAAUCGAGAAAGUAGUGGAAGGCGGUGAGGGUGAGGGCAAUGUCAUGGCUCAAAUACGACAACCACCCGCCAACCACUCAGCUGCCUCGGUUGGUGCCAAGAUGAUAUCGCCAUUGAGCCCACCGCGAAAGGCAGCAACAACUGAAGCUUCGAAAUCCGAACAACAUGUUUUAGAGGCAAAUGCGCCAGUGAAACAGACGAAUAGCUCAUCAACCACUAGUGGCUUGCCACCGUUGCCCGUGCCACCAAAUCCGCGCAAAUUGCCAGAAAACGUAGCACCCAUACCAGCUAAUUUUGACGAACUUUUGAAGGAGGAUCGUGCUAACCAAAAGGCGGACAAUGCGAAGGAAGCCGAUGUCGAUGCAGCAGAAGAAGUGCAAAAGAACGAUAAUGAUGAGGCGAAUAACAAUCGAUAUGCAAACGCAAUAAAUGAUAUGGAACCGAAAGCAUCACACAAAGAGCCAGUUAUUGCAGGCGCCAAUGCAGCGAACGAGGACUCCGGGGCGCACGAAAUCAAAGACAAUGAUUUUAUGAAUGAUCAAAAUUUUAACUUGCCAGCCAACGAAGAUAACAAUUUCUUCGACGGUGGCGGUAAAAAUGAGGGUGUAGUAAACGCUGAUGAGAAGCCUAAAGGUGAUGAUAAUGACGAUGAUGAUGGGCUUGCUGGCGCAGUAGAUGCAGGUGAUAUAGCGGUUAAAAACCACAAUUUGUUAGAUACCAAUAACUUAAACAACGAAGUUGCUGGAGAUCAAGGAAAGGAAUUCCCCGAUGAGCUACGCUUGGAAGAAAAUAACGAGGAAGAUGAAGAUGAAGAUGAUUAUUCCAAUCCAGCAGCGCGUCAACAAGGUGAACAAGCGAUUAGAAAUUAGACGAAAGCUGAAGCGUUUAAAUUAAUAGUGCAUAAAAAUGGCGGCAUAUGCACUCUCGUGAAUAGAAUAUAAAAUAUCCAUUAGACUUGCACACAUUUCCUCACCAACUUACUUAGCUAUAUAUAUAUAUAUAUAUAUAUAUAUAUAUAUAUGGAUAUAUAUGGAUAUAUAUGGAUACUAUAUAUAGUAAACUCUCCCACUACCAAAUUGAACUACAAAUAGCUUACAAAGCUGAUUUGGCAAGGGAGAAAUUGUGGAACACGAAAGUAAAAGAAACGAUUAAAAUAUCGUCUAUGAAACAAGCCCAAUGUUAAUGAGGUAAUACUACACAAUGUUAGCGUAAACAAAAUUACAUUAUAAUAUCUUUAAUUGAAAGAAAAAUUUGCCAACUGAGCACAGUUGUUGCCAUCAUAGCCCACAGGAAGUGUUUUGAACAUGCAAACGCUAUUACCGCUGUAGCAGUAAUAUAAUACAUGUUAAUAUUAUAUCCCGCUUCACAUUCAAGGGUAUUUACAGUCAUGUGAAAAAUAAUAGGUACAUUUACGUCAAAGUAGUUCAAGACCCAGCUUAAAUUUUUAGACUUUGAUCGAGACUGGCACAAUUGUUGAUCAUUUUGCGAAAUGAGCUCAUUUUAACGUGUGAAAAAUAAUAGGGACGAGAUUAUUGAAUUAUUAUACGUUUGAAAUAUUGAAAAAAAAAAAAACCAUAUAAUAUGACGAAGUCAUUAAAAAUGUGGUGAAAUAACAAUGCCAAUACAUUAGCAAUAUAAAUCUAAAAUUUUCUUGAAAUUAGAUUUCUUAAAAAUUCUGCAAUUUUCAUAACAUAAUUUAUGUUAAACUAUUGGAAUAUUUACUAUUUUUUGUUCAUUUGCAUUGAAUACGAUUUUUUAUUUAUGAAAACACCACUCUAAAAUUGUUUACUUUGAACUUAUUUUUAUGAAGUAACGCUAUGCGUCGCCGUUAUUUUUAACAUAACUGUAAUUAGUAUAAAAAUUUGAAUUUGGUAAUAGCAUACAGAAAACAUGCAAACAAGCUAACAACAAAUAUUGGUAUUUGUUUAGCUCUUUACUUCUUAAUAAUCUUCAUUCCUUCAUCUAUCUUCACGAAUAAAAUUGAAAGGUUGUAGAUGUGGUGCGCUAAAAAACUAUUUCCUACCUGCACACAAACUUGCCUACUCUCGUACUCACACUUAAAGUAUUGGACCAUUAUACAGUAGAGGAAUCAAAAUUUACACAUACAACAUUUUAUUUCGAUCUGUCAAUUCAUUUUUUGUUUACAAUACAUUUGAAUUGAUUGUAUUAGUGUAUGUUUUUUUACAACACAAUGUUGUGCAUUGAAAAAUUUUAUGUUCAGCAGCAACGAAAAUUCAUAGAAAAAUUACGGAAGUGAUGAGUGUUAAGAUCUGCUAUUUCAUUUCCAAUAUGCAUUGAUGAAUUUUAGAGUUUAAACGCUAACGCACAAGCGUUGAAGAUGAACCACGCAGUAGACGUCCAAAAAGUGCAACAACACUUUAAUGCAUGUUAAUGUGCGUACAUUUCGUCGUUACGUACUAUUACUAUGAAAUUGUAUGAUGUGUUCUUAUGUAUACAUUUCAAAGGCAGCCUAAAUUCCGCAUUUGAUGAACAAAUAUAAUAUAUAAUCUUAUGCUUAGUUUAUAGUUAAUUAUAUGUUUAAUCUGUGCUACCUUUUUUUUAAGAUUGUAUUUUCUUAUUUUAUUUUACCCGCGUAGCAAAAAAGGUUAUUAAUUCCCAAUUCGAUAUUAUUUUUUUAAGUAAUUGCCUUAUCGUCUUAAUAUUAAGUUUUUAUACGAAUUGGCAUUUUGUAGCCAGAAAUAUGUAAGCAUUCACAAUUAAUCUAAAAAUGAAAUACUGAUAUGUAAGCAUUCAAACUAAUCUAAAAAUGAAAUACUGAUAUCGCUUUAGAAAUUAAGAAAACUUCUUAUUUUUUGUAAAAGUAACUAUUUAUAUGUUCAUAAUUUAAAAUAUCAAAUAAAACAAUAUAUGAAUUUUGUUUUGUUUCUCCUAUAAAA